CAGCUUUAAUAUGUUGUGUAAAUGGAGAUGAAGUAAGUAAGUGCUCAUCUCUAUGUGUUCUGUGGGUUGUACCUUUCUCUAUUCAUUUUUGGCAAACACAUGUGAUACACACUGACUCACAUGAGUCAACACUGCACCUUUCGGUGACACACAGCGUGUGUACAACACACAGACGGACACACACAGUACAAAUUACACAGUGUAUGUUGGAGGAAGUGUUCUGCUGUGGUAUUUCAAAAGCGGCUCCCUUAGCAAACAUUCAGUAGGUCUGUCCGUCAGUCCUACAUGAGGUCCUGACUGUGCUACAAACCCGGUCUGCAUUCAAAUGGUGUUGAACGGGCUUGACUGAAGGUAUAUUUUCCUGCAGGAGCUUCAAUUGGAAUAGUUAUGUUUUUUACAUGCCGUGCUGGCAACUUACUGAAUUAGUUUAAAACCUGACAGAAUGGCAGAUGUUCCUAAGUCAGGUAUCCCAGCAUUCUCUGCGUGGUUCGCUCAGGUUUCAGACGCCAUCUCCAAUAGCUUCCGCAGCAUCGGUCAGAAUGGAGGUGUUGACUCUGAGGUAUCCCACUCCCCUGAUGCUGGGGUCUCUGUGGAAGGUUAUUGUUCAGAGGUGGACUCCGAUGGCGAUUCAGGGAAGAACGUGAGCGAUGUUAAUGGGGAUAUAGCGGAUGUUUCCAGGAUGGAUUCACAGGAGAAGCUAGAGGCACUUCAAGAUCAGCUGGCACUGCGUGGUUUGGGCAGCACGUUUGAUUCCAGCCACUCAUGUGAACGUCUCACACCCAUCAGAGAGGAACUAGAUGAGGUGGAGAGCAGGAGGAGUUUUGCUUCACAAUGUUCUAAUUCUGUGAAUAGUUACGGUGAUGACGGUGAGAUUUCCAGUUCGUCGGAGAGCGAGGAUGAACUAGCAAAGCAGUUUGAAAUCUCUGUCUCUCGCUCACAAAGUUUCCGCUCUGGAGUCAUGGAACUCAACACCCAGGAUGCACCGGGGAAACAGCACAAAUUUAAACCCCUGCAGUCUGACCAGGAGGAAGGAAGCACAGAGCCGUCUGACUGCGAAGAAACGGAGAGAAUCAGUGUUCAGGGGUUUCAAGAUCCUCUCUCAUCCAGACGGCGUGUUAUGUCGGAGCCUAGAGACCCCCUAUCGCAGAGCCCUUUACCCGAGCGGCGAACCCCAACAGACCCACUCUCUUUAAUGGCUGAGCAGAUUUCUGUUGGCUCCCAGGACACAGCGGAUGGUCUUGAGGCCUUACCAAGAGAUGAAGGCAGUCGGGUGGGCAGCAUGGGGCGGCAAACACCACAUAAGAGCCUGGCGAUGGAGAAUUAUGGUUUUGACAAUACUGAGGCUACAGAUUCUGCAUGUAGCCCUGAGCAUGAGCAAUCUCCAUCCCACCCUCUGAGCUCUUCCCCUCACCACAUCUCCAAAUGCGGUGACCUCAUCAUUGCCCUCGACUACAGGGCUGACACCCACAGGCUCCUGGUCUCCGUGGUAACAGCCCAAGGCAUUCCAGACAAGACACGGAGUGGCAUGGAUUCCUGGCAGGUGCGCGUGGUUAUGUUACCAGGGAAACGUCAGCGGCACAAGACGGCCGUACAGAAAGGGUCCACGCCAAGGUUCGAGGAGACUUUCCGGUUUUCGCAUCUAGAACCAGGGGAUUUAGGUACUUCAAUGCUCAGGUUCCGUCUGUAUGCACUGGGGAAGAUGAACAGAGAUAGGAUGAUGGGAGAGGCCUUGUACCGUCUGAGCAGACUGAGACAUACAGAUCAGCUUGAGAUCACAUUGGUGUUGGAACCUCGCAGUAAUCUCAAGACAGUAGACUCAGAGAUGUCUUUCAUUACACCGAGCGAAAGUGCUUCCUCAACUCAGUCCGUCUCCCACGGUGGAAAUCCUGAGAUGCUGUUGGGUUUAUCAUAUAACGCCACCACAGGACGGCUGUCUGUAGAGAUCAUUAAAGGCAGCCACUUCCGCAACUUUGCGGUCAACAGACCUCCAGACACAUUUGGUAAGCUCACUAUGAUGAACUCUAUGGGACAAGAGAUAUCCCGCUGUAAGACAUCCAUCCGUCGCAGUCAGCCAAAUCCCGUCUUCAAGGAGACGUUCGUCUUCCAAGUGGCGCUCUUCCAGCUCUCUGACGUCACGUUAAUGGUGUCCAUGUACAAUCGAAAGAACAUGAAACGCAAGGAGAUGAUUGGCUGGGUGGCUCUGGGCCAGAACAGUAGUGGAGAGGAAGAACUUCUUCACUGGCAGGACAUGAAGGAAAGCGGAAACCAGCAGGUCUGCCGCUGGCACACCCUACUUGAGGCUUAGAGAAGAGAGAGAACUUGAAGAUUCCAUUUGAUGGAAAUAUAAUUUACUGUGUUGGACCGGGAGGAUAUUCCUAUGGGAAGGAGAUAGACCAUAUAAAAUGAGGCCAAGUAUACUCUUGAGAUCAACGAAAAAACAUUUUUAACAGAGACUGGUUACAAAGAUGAGGCAUGCCAUAUUGUGAGCACGUAAAAACACAAAGAACACACGCCUUUCCUUAGGAAAACUUGAUACAGGCCCUUAUCUGGUAUCUAGGAAAUGACCUCACAAUGUAAUAUACAAACAACUUACUCCGGCCCCUUGCAGCAACCAAUCAAAACACAUUAGCAUCAGUAAUUGUCGCUUAGCAAUUUCAAGAAUGGAGGUCAGAUUUGAAAUAAUUAAAUGCCUUUCCUAAGAUGUUUUAAAACCUCAAGAUAAGACCCACGCCAAGUGUGAUAUAGAGGUUUUGAGAGACCUAACAUUUUAUGAUCUGAGAGCUGUUUGCUGAACUUGUGCACUUUCAUUUAUUUUAUUUUGGUGAUUGCAAUAAAACGUUAUUACCUGUUCAAAACAUGCUGCAAUUUACAGCCAGGGAGUUAAAUAAAUGGCUUUACUCUC